AUGUGUUGCCGCAACAAUAUCUCCUACCGCAACGGCACCAGCCACAUCCAACGCCGACCAACACUCCUCAGACAACUCGCAGAGCAUCUGAUUUCCAAACGACAAGCGAAGAAAGCUCUCGCGAGAAGUUCUCUGAUCGAGACAUCAUCUGCAAAUCAAUUUCUGUUUGAGAGUGAGAGGCCAUUAGCAGGAGGUCAGAGAGUGAUUCAUGGGACCUUUGGAGUUCCGAGAUGGGUGGAUGAGCAGGAGGAGACGAGGAUGACGGUUUCGAAGAUUGAUUGGGAGAAUGGGGAUGUUGGUGAGCUGCCUCCGUAUCGGGCUUGA